ACUAGGUUGUGGGCUUCAUUGUGGUUGAUUGCGAUCCCCCCUCCUCAACAUGAGCACAACGAAGGUCAACGUUGAUGGAAUGUUACUUUUCGAGCAGCCCUUUGCCCGAGUUCCUUACGAGAAUUAUCGCAAGGUCUUCCGGGCGUCUCAGCGGAAUAUCGAGAAGGAGCUUGGAAGCGUUUUGUCGCUUUCUAAUGACCUACAGAAACGUUCUAUGGCGAACGAAGGAAACGUUGAGGAGGCGGUCAAGGCGGUGGAUGGAAUGAUUGGCCGAGUGGAGAAUCUCAAGCGCAAGCUCUCGGACCUUCAGGAAAAUAACGGAAAGCCUACCCUGGACGUUAUACUGGAACGCCUUCACCACCUUGCUAACCUUGAAACACUGCCGACCACGAAUUGUGCAGAUCACUCCCGUUGGGCAGAUACGAGACUAGACAGAUGGCUUGUCGAUUGGGCCCUGCGUGGUGGUCGUCACCAAACCGCGAGGACCCUUGCCCAAGAGCGGGGUAUUGAGACCCUAGUGGAUAUUGAUCUGUUCAUGGACAUCCACAGAAUUGAAUCCGCACUUCGCCGGCACAGCUGUGCUGAAGCCAUAGCAUGGUGCAGUGAAAAUAAGACGGCGUUGCGCAAGAUUAAGAGCACCCUUGAAUUUGAGCUCCGGCUUCAAGAAUACAUUGAGUUAGCGCGGGCGCGGAAAACGCAAGAAGCAAUUACAUACUCGAGGAAGUACCUCAUUUCCUGGCAAGAGACACAUCUGUCUCAGAUAAUGCAGGCAUCCGCCCUUCUCGCCGUUCUGCCGUCUACAAACUGCGGCCAGUACAAGCGACUUUACGACAAUUCCCGGUGGAUAUCGCUGAUACAAGCUUUCCGUUUGGCCGCGUAUACCUUGAAUAGUUUAUCCACGGAACCGCUUCUUAAUCUCGCGCUCUAUGCUGGCCUUGCUGCUCUCAAACUUCCUGCAUGUUACGACCACAACCCGAAUGUGAACUGCCCCGUUUGUGAUCCCAAUAUCAGGGUACUCGCCAAUGAGGUGCCGUAUAGCCACCAUACAAAUUCAACCAUCGUUUGUCGCCUUAGCGGGAAAAUAAUGGAUGAGGAUAACAUGCCUAUGGCAUUCCCAAAUGGCUAUGUCUACUCGAGAGAGGCCCUCGAAGAGAUGGCCGCAAAGAACGACGGCAAGGUCACCUGUCCACAGUCAAAUCACACAUGUGAUUUUUCUGCCCUUAAGAAGGUAUUCGUCUCGUAGGAAUUCGAUAUUCUACCGCCCCGCUCGAGCGCGGACCGCAUUAGUCUAAUGCAAUACUACUUGUACAAACGCUGUAACUAUAGCAAGUAAGAGCAAUUGGAACGUGUAUAGUAUCAUUGCAAGUACCCCC